AUGUCAAAUUUCCCAUCAAUGGCUGCCACCAAUCAAACCCCCACCCAGGAGCCCGCAGCUAGCAACAGUGGGACCAUAGGGUUGGACUCGGAAAUUCAACUUGUCUCAUCACUAGCAAAACUACAGGAACUUGAACGGAAGAUUCAUGAAUUGCGCGAGUUCAUGCCCCAGCGCUUACUAGAGCCUCUAGUACCUAUUUCAAAUCCAGGCAAAGUGACGGCCGACAACCCAAUCGCUGAAACACCGCAGAUCCUCCGCACUCAUCUUGACGAGGCUGCACGUGCACGCGUGGCGGAUGUCCAGCAGUUCCAGGCUUUGUGGCGAGAUCCAGAACUGCAAUCUGUCUGGAGUCACGUUGAAUCCCGCAUCAAUGAGUCUAAUGGCCAACUCCUCCAGCCCAGUGGGAAGUGGGAGAGAGACUAUGACGUUCUUCUGGAGGAGCUAGCGAGAAAGGAAAAAUUAAAGGUUGAUGAAAGCCAGCGAGAGGCGGAAGAAGCUGAACGAACCAAGGCGCAAUCUACCGAAGGCGAAUGGCAGAAAGUUCUGGAGCGAUUUGUCGAGCGAAACGUGCCUAGUGUACGAGUUGUGAAGAGCCAGGAUGAGUCUUCUUUGGCAGUGGCACUUGUUAGGGUGGGUAUUGUCUUCCAGGUAAAGGGGGUAUCUGAGCCUGGCUCCCCAGCCUUUGAAUGGGAGGUCACAAGCAAAAGCACAAGUCGAUCACCGACCAAACUUGAGAACGCUAUUUUAGAGUGUUUGAGCUCGCGUCCCCGAAAAUGGGACCUUGCUUUCUUGUUGGAUAUGAUAUCUUCCUACGCAGAUAUUAAACAAACACCAUGUGUGAAGUGCAACCGUCUGACCAACAACGGCGCCCAACUCCCGACUCUCCGCCACCCGCAGACGAACCAACAACCUGCCGAGGGGCCACCACGUAUAUACACUUUUGACGCAUUGCAUUCGGGCUGUUAA